UUAGUUAUUGUAGUUAGCGAAGCUCUGUGGAGCAGUCAUCAAGUUAAGAUGCAAGAUGGGAAGAACAUCCAAGUUGUGCUCAGAGAUCACUUCAAAAAGACAAGAUCAAAGCACAAAGUUGUUGAUUUUCAGAAAAGGUCUGAAGACUCUGACUUUGCAAUUUGGAGGGCAGUCAUGAGUGCGGUGAAAAGAGCUGCAGAUUUAGGUAUUGAUGAUGAUGGAAAACUGGAGGCCAAAACGGUACUAAAGGAAGCCAUAGGCGAAUUUUGGUGA